GAAUCAGCGGCGGCGGCGGCGGCGCCUGAGGAAGGAGCGCGGUGGCCCGGCAGCGGCCCCGGCGACCCCGUGCUGCUGACGGCGGCAGCUGCCACGGCGAGCGGGCGCGGGGCUCGGCGGUGCCCGCCCCAGCACCGCCCCCAGGCCGGCUCCCGCCCCUCCUCCCGCCUCCCGCGUCUCUCCUCCCCUCUCCCUCCUCGCUCGCGGGCCCGGCCCGGCAUGGUGCGGCGUCGCCGCCGAUGGCGCUGAGGCGGAGCAUGGGGCGGCCGGGGCUCCCGCCGCUGCCGCCGCUGCUGCUGGCGGGUCUGGCCGCUCUGCUUCUCCCGGAGCCCGCCGCCGCAGGCCUGAAGCUCAUAGGUGCCCCGGUGAAGCUGACAGUGUCACAGGGGCAGAUGGUGAAACUCAACUGUAGCGUGGAAGGGAUGGAGGAGCCGGAGAUACAGUGGGUGAAGGAUGGGGCUGUGGUCCAGAGCAUGGACCAAGUGUACAUCCCAGUCAGCGAGCAGCACUGGAUCGGCUUCCUCAGCUUGAAAUCAGUGGAGCGCUCGGAUGCGGGCCGGUACUGGUGCCAGGUGGAGGAUGGGGAAGAAAUCCAGAUCUCCCAGCCAGUGUGGCUCACUGUAGAAGGUGUGCCAUUUUUCACUGUGGAGCCGAAAGAUCUGGCUGUGCCACCUAAUGCCCCUUUCCAACUGUUUUGUGAAGCUGUGGGUCCUCCUGAACCUGUUACCAUUAUCUGGUGGAGAGGGGGCACAAAGGUUGGGGGACCUGAUCCCUCUCCCUCCAUUUUAAAUGUUACAGGGGUGACUCAGAGCACUGUGUUCUCCUGCGAAGCUCACAACCUAAAAGGCCUGGCCUCCUCCCGCCCAGCCACUGUUCAACUUCAAGUAUUGCCUGCAGCCCCUUCCAACAUCACAGUGACGAAGCUCUCCAGCAGUAAUGCUAGUGUAGCCUGGAUACCAGGUGCAGAUGGCCGAGCCCUGCUGCAGUCUUGCACAGUCCAGGUGACCCAAGCCCCAGGAGACUGGGAAGUCCUGGCUGUUGUGGUGCCUGUACCACCCUUUACCUGUCUGCUCCGAGAUCUGGCUCCUGCUACCAACUACAGCCUCAGGGUGCGCUGUGCCAACGCCUUGGGGCCCUCUCCUUAUGCUGACUGGGUGCCUUUUCGGACAGAGGGUAUAGCCCCAGUUAGCGCUCCUCAAAACCUCCAUGCCUUCCGAACAGACUCAUGUCUUAUCCUGGAGUGGGAAGAAGUGAUCCCUACAGGCCCUAUGGAAGACCCCCUGGGACCCUAUAAAAUAUCCUGGGUUCAAGACAACGAAACCCAGAGUGAGCUGACAGUGGAGGGGACCAGAGUCAACUUGACAGACUGGGAUCCUCAGAAGGACCUGACUGUGCGUGUGUGCGUCUUCAAUGCAUUUGGCUGUGGGCCCUGGAGUCAACCUCUUGUUGUCUUUUCUCAUGACCAUGCAGGCCAGCAGGGCCCACCACACAGCCGGACAUCCUGGGUACCUGUAGUCCUGGGUGUGCUGACAGCCCUAGUGACAGCUGCUGCAUUGGCCCUGAUCCUACUUCGAAAGAGACGGAAAGAGACACGGUUUGGGCAAGCCUUCGACAGUGUCAUGGCCCGGGGUGAGCCAGCUGUCCAUUUCCGAGCAGCCCGAUCCUUCAAUCGGGAAAGGCCCGAGCGUAUUGAGGCAACAUUGGACAGCUUGGGCAUCAGUGAUGAACUGAAGGACAAACUGGAAGAUGUGCUCAUCCCAGAACAACAGUUCACCCUGGGCCGGAUGUUAGGCAAAGGAGAGUUUGGCUCGGUGCGGGAGGCCCAGCUGAAGCAGGAAGAUGGCUCCUUUGUGAAAGUGGCGGUGAAGAUGCUCAAAGCUGACAUCAUUGCCUCAAGCGACAUUGAAGAGUUCCUCAGGGAAGCAGCUUGCAUGAAGGAGUUUGACCACCCACAUGUGGUCAAGCUUGUUGGGGUGAGCCUCCGGAGCAGGGCCAAGGGCCGCCUCCCCAUCCCCAUGGUCAUCCUGCCCUUCAUGAAACAUGGGGACCUACACGCCUUCUUGCUCGCCUCCCGGAUUGGGGAGGACCCCUUUAACCUGCCCCUUCAAACUCUCAUCCGGUUCAUGGUGGAUAUUGCUUGUGGCAUGGAAUACCUGAGCUCCAGGAACUUCAUCCAUCGAGACCUAGCUGCUCGGAAUUGCAUGCUGGCAGAGGACAUGACAGUGUGUGUGGCCGACUUUGGACUCUCCCGGAAGAUCUACAGCGGGGACUACUAUCGUCAGGGUAGUGCCUCCAAACUGCCUGUCAAAUGGCUGGCCCUGGAGAGCCUGGCUGACAACCUGUACACUGUGCACAGUGACGUGUGGGCCUUUGGGGUGACCAUGUGGGAGAUCAUGACUCGUGGGCAGACGCCAUAUGCUGGCAUCGAGAAUGCUGAGAUUUACAACUACCUCAUCGGCGGGAACCGCCUGAAACAGCCCCCGGAGUGUAUGGAGGAUGUGUAUGAGCUCAUGUACCAGUGCUGGAGUGCGGACCCCAAACAGCGCCCGAGUUUUACAUGCCUGCGCAUGGAACUGGAGAACAUCCUGGGCCACCUGUCCGUGCUGUCUAGCAGCCAGGACCCCUUGUACAUCAACAUUGAGAAAGCCAAGGAGCCUGCUGAGGGAGGCAGCCUGGGCCUGCCUGGUGGAGAUCAGGCCUGCGAUGGGGCUGGGGAUGACAGUGGUUUGGGAGCAGUGGGGGGCACACCCAGCGACUGUCGGUACAUCCUGAGCCCAGGCGGGCUGCCUGAACAGCCUGGGCAGGAGGAGCAGCAGCCAGAGAGCCCUCUCAAUGAGGGCCAGAGGCUGCUUCUGCUGCAGCAAGGGCUACUACCCCACAGUAGCUGUUAGCCCACAGGCAGAGGGCCGCUGGGGCCAUCCACUGGCUCUGCUGGCUUCUUUGCUAGCUGACUAAGCCCCGUCUGAACCCAGCCAGCAGUGAGGUAUGGAGGCUCCUGUGGUAGUCCUCCCAAGCUGUGCUGGAAAGCCAGCCUGACCAAAUCACCCAAUCCCAGUUCUUCCUGCAGCCACUCUGUGGCCAGCCUGGCAUCAAUUCAGGCCUUGGCUGGGUGGAGGUGGGCCAGACCUGGUUGUCUAGCCCAGGCAGCUGGUAGGAGGGGGAGGUGGUUGUGUUUCCAUGGUUACUGUAAGUGUGGACUGGGAGUGGGGGGAGGGUAGGUCCAGCCUUGUGUGCCCCCACCCUCCCAGCUGAGCUGCCCCUGCUGCUUUAGUGCAUAGCAUGCAUUGAGCUGCCUCCAGCCUGGGAGACCCCUCUGGGUCCAUGCUUGGGUUUAAAUGCCCAUGUUUGCCCCUCUUAAGUCACAAGGAAAAGCCCUUGUAUUUUCUCCCUUUAGAUGAAACUUGGUAAGGAGUUGGUA